GGCGCUCAGCCUACACUUUAGUGCAAGGCAUAAAACAAGGCUGGUUUGUUUGGAAGGGAUCCAUGGGUGUUCCAAAUGCGGUAGAUUCAGAGCAAGUAUCGGCCAGGGUGGAGUUUGGCGUCACUGAGGGUGCCUGGGGGUACUCAGGAUGAGAUGCCAGGAGGGAACAGGCGUCCUUCAGGAGAUCUCAGGGAGACUUCAGCUGAAGUUCUUGCCUUGUGCAACCAAGCAAACAUCUCUAUCCUUGUGAAGAGGGGAUUGAUGAAUUGACCAACAUUUUAAGAGGAAGAGAAGAGGACUUGAAAAGGUCUGAUCUCUCUGGGGAACAGAAAGGGCUUGUGUAUGACGGGAAAGGUGUUGUUAAAUCAAAGGCAGCCUUAAGAGGGUUUAAGAUGUUCCACAGAGGAGUGGAUGAGUCUCCAUCUUCUCUCUCUCUCUCCCUCCUUCCCUCCCAUGCCUUCUCAGGGCUCUUUGGAUGUCAAGUAUCAGCAAGCACCCUUCUCUUUCAGCCUGUCCCAGUUUUAGUGUGGCAGCGUCAUUGCAAAAGUGGCUCUCAGACCCCGCAUUGGAGCCUGCCAACAUCACUAUAAUUUUCCUCUGCUUUCAAUAGCUGAAUUUCAGAUUUGGGGGGGAGGUAAGCAAUUUAUGGGUUGAGAGACGAAGUGCAAGUUUCUGCACUUUCAGUGGGGAUUUCCCAAAGGUUUGGAUGAUGGUUUUUCCCAUGCAGCAAGAACUAGUCCUUGCAUUGUCUUUGCACCAGGAAUAAAUAGUGAAUAUUUGUUGUCCGUGCUAUCUGCUGAGCAAAGGAACAACUAAAAUCCACCUGUGCAGAAUUUGAGAAAGUUGGUCCUCCCAUUCCAAGUGAAAAGAUGGUUGUGUUACGGCAGUUUGGGCUUCUUCUCUGGAAGAAUUACAUCUUGCAGAAGCGGAAAAUUUUGGUGACGCUGAUUGAGGUUUGUCUCCCCUUGUUGUUUGCUGCCAUCCUGAUUGGCCUGCGCCAUCGUGUCCACUCAGUCAACCACCCCAACGCCACCUUAUACCACAGCAAGCAGGUGGACAGGCUGCCCAGUUUCUUCCAUCGCUGGCAUUCGGGCGUCCCCUGGGAACUAGCGUACGUCCCCUCCAACAACACAGCCGUGGAAAGCAUUGCCGAGGCGGUGGAGAAGGCCUUGGAGAUCAAUAUCAAAGCGCGAGGGUUUCCAUCUGAAAAGGAGUUUGAACACUACAUCAGGUUCAAUAACCGUUCGGGCAACGUACUGGCGGGACUGGUUUUUGAGAACUGUGUGGCUAACAGCCAGGAUCCCUUGCCGCUCCAGGUUAGUUACCGGCUACGUUUCAAAUAUAGCCCUAGGAACGCUCCUCCAAGUGAAAGGACAGGAUUGAACCCCAACUUGGAUCGAGACUGGAAUACCCACUACCUCUUCCCACUGUUCCAGUUACCAGGACCCAGAGAAGCAAAAAGUGAUGAUGGAGGCACACCAGGGUACUUCCGUGAAGGCUUCCUUGCAGUGCAACAUGUGGUGGAUAAGGCCAUCAUUCAGUACCAUGUCAACAACUCUACUUCCAGUCUGCUGGAUCGGGUGACUGUGACCGUUCGGCGCUUUCCUUAUCCUCCUUACGUCAAUGACCUCUUCCUUCUGGCUAUUCAGAACCAGCUUCCCUUGUUACUCAUGCUGAGCUUCACCUACACCUCCCUCAAUAUUGUCCGCGCCGUAGUGCAUGAGAAGGAGAAGAAGCUGAAGGAGUACAUGCGCAUGAUGGGACUCAGUAACUGGCUACACUGGAGCGCCUGGUUCCUCCUGUUCUUCCUUUUCCUCUUAGUGUCCAUCUUCUUUGUGACCAUCCUCUCCUGUGUCAAGGUGAGUGGACAGGGAGCUGUGCUGGCCAGCAGUGACCCAACUCUGAUCUUCACUUUCCUAGUGGUGUUUUGCAUCUCAACCGUCUCCUUCAGCUUCAUGGUCAGCACCUUCUUCUCAAAAGCAAACGUAGCCGCGGCUGCGGGAGGCUUCCUCUAUUUUUUCUCCUACAUUCCGUACUUUUUUAUCUCCCCGCGCUACGACCACAUGACCCACAGCCAGAAGCUCUCAUCCUGCCUCAUCUCCAACGUCGCCAUGGCUAUGGGGGCACAGCUGAUCGGCAGGUUUGAAGGAAAAGGCACAGGGCUACAGUGGGGAAACUUGAUGAAGGCUGUCAGUGUAGACGAUAACUUCACCAUGGCUCACGUCCUGGGUAUGCUUCUCCUGGAUUCUGGGAUCUAUGGCUUGGUGGCUUGGUACAUGGAGAAUGUGUUUCCUGGAGAAUAUGGCAUCCCACAGCCCUGGUACUUCUUUGUCAUGCCUUCUUACUGGUGUGGCAGCCCCCAGACUGUUUUGGGGAAAGAGAAAGAAGAGGAGGAAGACCCAGAGAAGGCCUUGAAAAGUCAAUUCAUAGAAGAGGAGCCUUCAGACUUAGUGUCAGGCGUAAAAAUCAAGCAUCUUUCCAAGGUGUUCAAAGUGGGAAGCAAAACUAGAGAAGCUGUGAAGGACCUGACUCUUAAUAUGUAUGAAGGACAAAUCACCGUCCUUCUGGGACACAACGGGGCUGGGAAAACCACCACUUUGUCCAUGCUGACAGGGUUGUAUCCUCCAACAAGCGGACAGGCAUACAUCAACGGUUAUGAAAUAUCCCAAGACAUGGUUCUCAUCCGGAAGAGUCUGGGUCUUUGUCCUCAGCACGAUGUUCUCUUUGACCACAUGACGGUAGAAGAGCACCUUUACUUCUACUCUGGGCUGAAAGGAUUUCCUGCUGAAAAAUGCCCAGGGGAGAUCACCCAUAUCCUUCACAUCCUCAACUUACAAGAGAAACGUAGGACUUUGUCGAAGGCCCUCUCUGGAGGGAUGAAACGCAAGCUCUCCAUUGCCAUUGCGCUCAUUGGGGACUCCCAGGUGGUGAUGCUGGAUGAGCCUACCUCAGGCAUGGACCCCGUUUCACGGCGAGCCACGUGGGAGCUCCUGCAGCAGCAGCGAAGAACCCGCACCAUCUUGCUCACCACCCACUUCAUGGAUGAGGCAGACCUGCUGGGCGACCGCAUUGCCAUUAUGGCCAAGGGGGAACUCCAGUGCUGUGGAUCGUCCCUCUUUCUCAAACACAAAUAUGGUGCUGGGUACCACAUGGUGAUGGUGAAAGAGCCCUAUUGUAAUCUUGGAGAGAUCUCCCACCUCAUCUAUCAUUAUGUCCCCAACGCCUCUCUGGAAAGCAAUGCGGGAGCAGAACUGUCCUUCAUCCUACCCAAUGAGAGCACACACAAAUUUGAGGCUCUGUUCACAGAGCUGGAAUUACGCCGGGAAGAACUGGGCAUUGCCAGUUAUGGAGCUUCAGUUACUACAAUGGAAGAGGUCUUCCUUAGAGUUGGCAAGCUUGUAGACUCCAGCAUGGAUAUCCAAGCCACCCAGUUGCCAGCUUUGCAGUACCAGCAUGAACGGCGAUCCAACGACUGGGCCAUGGAUGAUUCCAGCAGCAUGAGUGGCCUGACUAACCUGACCGACGACAGCGGCACUCUCAUCACCGAAGAUUGCUCCAGCAUUAAGCUGAACACAGGGUUCUACCUCUGCUGCCAACAAUUCUACGCCAUGUUCAUGAAGAGGGCUGUGUACAGCUGGCGCAACUGGAAGAUGGUAGCAGCCCAGUUUUUGGUGCCUCUCAUUUUCACUGCUUUUGCCUUGAUCGCCGCGAAGACCUUCCCGGGACCACAAGACUCUCCAUUGUUGAAGCUGACCUUAAAUCCAUACGGCCAGACCACAGUGCCUUUCUCCGUCUCCCAAGGCUCCAGUCUGGGCGAGAGGCUGGCAGCACAGUACAAGGAUGUGGUGGGUGCCCAGCGCCAGGAGCCAUUGGAGGUGGUAGGGAACCUGGAGGAAUACCUGAUUUCUCGAGCAUCCGAAGAAGCCGGAGCCUUUAAUGAGUACCACAUAGCAGCAGCUUCUUUCCAAGAGACCUCAAAACAGAUGGAAGUAACCGCUCUUUUCAACAACCAAGCCUUUCAUUCUCCCGCCACCGCGUUGCUACUGGUGGACAACGCCUUGUUGAGGCUAAUAGCUGGACCAAACGCCUCCAUCACAGUUGCCAACUAUCCACAACCUCGCAACAUGACCGAAACAGCAAAAGACCAGCUCAUGGAAAGCCAGACGGGUUUUGCGAUUGCCAUCAACUUGCUCUAUGGAAUGGCCUCUUUGUCCAGCACUUUUGCACUCCUUCUGGUAAGCGAGAGAGCCAUCAAAGCCAAGCACGUGCAGUUUGUCAGCGGUGUUUACAUGGUGAACUUUUGGCUCUCUGCGCUUCUGUGGGACCUCGUCAACUUCCUUAUACCCUGCACCCUCAUCCUGGUGAUCUUCCAAGCCUUUGACGUCAAAGCAUUCACCGAGGACAACCAUCUUGUGGAUAUAAUGCAGAUAUUUCUCCUGUAUGGCUGGGCCAUUAUCCCCCUCAUGUACUUGCUCAGCUUCUUCUUUUCAGUAGCAGCCACAGCCUACACCCGCCUCACCAUUUUCAACAUCUUCUCCGGCACAGCCACGUUCUUGGCAGUCGUCAUCAUGAGCAUUCCUGAGCUUGGCAUGGUGGAUCUGUCUAACACAUUAGAUAAAGUCUUCCUAAUCCUGCCCAACUACUGCUUGGGACAAAGCAUCAGCAAGUUCUACCAGAAUUAUGAGUUCAUUCAGUUCUGCACUUCUUCUUUUGAAUCCUUGGUCAUCUGUAAAGUGUUUAAUAUCUCCUACCAGACCAAUUACUUUGCUUGGGAAAGCCCAGGCAUUGGAAAAUACUUGACAGCUAUGGCAGCCCAAGGGCUCUCCUUCCUUCUCCUGCUCUUUCUCAUUGAGACUAACCUCCUCUGGAGAAUGAGGACCAUUGUCUGCGACAUACGACGGAGGCGGAAAUGGGUUAUGCUGCUAAACCAAGUUCCGGUGCUUCCAGAAGACCGGGAUGUUGCUGAUGAGAGAAAGAAGGUGCUGGAAUCACCAACAGCAUCCAUUUCUUCAUUGAAUAGUCCUCUUGUGAUUAAGGAGCUUACCAAGGUCUACAGUAGCAGGGAUUCUUGUCUGGCUGUGGACAGAAUUUCUCUUGCAGUCAGCAAGGGAGAAUGUUUUGGUCUUCUGGGUUUCAAUGGGGCAGGAAAAACAACCACCUUCAAGAUGCUAACGGGAGACGAGAGCAUCACUUCAGGAGAUGCCUAUGUGGAUGGACACAGCAUCCUGGCCAAUAUCAAAAAGGUCCAGCAGCGGAUUGGCUACUGUCCCCAAUUUGAUGCACUUUUGGAUCACAUGACAGGGAGAGAGACCUUGAGCAUGUACGCCCGACUGCGGGGCAUCCCUGAACGCUACAUCGGCAGCUGUGUGGAGAACAUGCUUCGUGGGUUGCUCUUAGAACCUUAUGCCAACAAACUCAUCCGCACAUUCAGUGGUGGGAACAAGCGGAAAUUGAGUGCAGGAAUUUCUCUCAUUGGUGGACCUCCUGUGGUGUUCCUGGAUGAACCUUCCACCGGCAUGGACCCUGUUGCCAGGCGCCUAUUAUGGGAUGCAGUCACUCGGACACGGGAGUGUGGGAAGUCCAUCAUUAUCACAUCUCACAGCAUGGAAGAAUGUGAGGCUCUCUGCACCAGGCUGGCCAUCAUGGUCAAUGGGCAGUUCAAGUGCCUGGGUAGCCCUCAGCAUCUGAAGAGCAAGUUUGGCAGUGGCUAUACGCUGGUGGCCAAGACCCACUGCGAUGAAGAAGGCCACGUAGAAGACUUCAAGGCCUUUGUGGAGAAGACAUUUCCCGAGAGCAUCCUGAAGCAUGAACACCAGGGGAUGGUCCAUUACCACCUCACCAAUAAGAACCUCAGUUGGGCACAGGUGUUUGGGACACUUGAGAAAGCCAAAGUGAAGUACUGCAUAGAAGAUUACUCUGUAAGCCAAAUCUCCUUGGAGCAAGUCUUCAUGAGCUUCACGCGUUUCCAGCAUUACACGGAAGAUCGUGAGAAAUGAGUCCAGUCUUCUCCAGCUUCUUUUCGUGGACUGACCUGUUGCCUAUAAGAUAGUAUACAAAGAGAAGGUAAUUUAUAGUAUCAGCCAUGUCUCCAACGACAAAAAAGAAUGGACAUAUUCUCAUUGGACAAGUGGUACACCGCCGUACUGACAUUUAUGAGGAUGAGUGCAUGGGUUGUGUGGCUGUGUUGUAUGUCCAUUUGUCUGUGUGAGGCAUGAGAAGGAGGAAUGCUUAACCAUCUUUCGAGGCAGCUGGGAUGUCCUACCAACUCUCAAUCACUUUGAUGAUGAUGAUGAUGAUGGGAGGGCCUUGCCUACUAGCAGUCGUGGAGGCAAUUAACCCUGAAUCCUGGGACAGUUCCGUAAUUCAGCAUAUUGGAUGCUUGGAUACUAGUUUCUUCUUUCUUUCCCACCCUCCCAAUCUUAUCUUCUUGAGAAGUUCCCACUGCAGCAGCGUUGGUGUCGUUGGCCCGCCCGCACGUCCGCAGUUUUGGAGCGCUGACAGCACGUAUUCAUCCAAAUGAUUGUGAUCCAUAUCUGUAUGUUCAGACCAAGCUCUUUAGAAGGUACCCACUCGUGGUUCUUUUGAGGCUUUGCAUCCCUUGGAUGGUGAAAGAGCAAGCACAUACGUGAAAGAAGCAAGCCAUUCUGAGCCUUCCCUAGACUGCACCCAGGGAAUGGACUCUGCUCUUCAAGAAGUAGUAAAGAAAGAUUUAGUAUCUCCACUUUCUGGGUGAGAAUUAUACAGAGUCCUCAGCAUUCGCAUUGCACACACCAGUAUCCAAGUCUCUUUUCUUCUGCUUUCCAAAGAUCUCAUGAACAUCAGAUCACGAGCCGUGUUCAUGAGCUUUCUCGUUGCAAAGCUGCCUUUGAGGUCCUUUAGAAUAACUUUUCCCAAACUUUCCUCAAGGUGGAUGUGGACUUCCAGGGCCUAGGAGUCCCCAGCCAGCAUGCCAUUCUGGAGAACUCUGGAACUUGAUAUCUGUACCUCUAGAACUCAUUCAAGCUGAGGAAGCUGAUUCUGAGCGAUCGCCUUUGAAAGCUUAGUUUGCCGUUCACAUCCGCUCCAAAUUGCUGCUAGCUUCCACAAGGUAGAAGAUCCAUUUUGAAGAUCCAUUUUCUUGCCAGCUAACUCUUGUGAACUUGCUGGAUGUGGCAAAGGAAACCCGUAGCUCUAUUUCUGGAAACUCGGAAAGGCAGUGCGUUCUCUCUUAUGCAUUGGCAUCACAACCUGUUAUGGGGGCAUCAUCCUACAUGGGGGAUCAUUCCCAGACUCCCUCUACUUUCCCCCCCAUUUGAAAUCCAUUGAUAUGAAUUAACAGCAGAAAAAACUCCACCUUGGUCCAUAGGGAGACGUGGAUUUUAUUUUGCAGUCAAAGACCACAAUAGAGUUACGCUGCCUAGAAAGGCCCCUUUCAACGAUGGGACAGUCAUUUAUGGCUUCCAUUUUAUAGGUAGUUCUCAAUUUACAACCAUUCAUUUAGUGGCCGUUCGAAGUUAAAAUGGCAGUGGGAAAGUGACUUAUGACCAUUUUCACACUCUGUCACCAUUGCAGCAUCAAAAUUUGGACGCUUAGCAACUGACAUGUACUUAAUGACAGUUGCAGCGUCCUGGGUCAUGUGUUCCCUUUGGCGACCUUCUGGCAAGUCAAGUCACUUCUCAACGGUGCAACUAAUUUAAUGAACUGCAGUGAUUCCCUUAACAACUGUGGCAGGAAAGGUUGUAAAAUGGGGCAAAACUCACUUAACAAUGGUCUUGCGUAGCAACAGAAAUGUUGGCUCCGUUGCGGUCGUAAGUCAAGAGCGAGCUGUACGUGUAUCAAAAGGCCCUACUCUUGAUAAAUAAAUAGCUGCUUUCCAACCCCCAUUAAUUCUGGUUUGAUUGGAGUACAGUUUCUGCCACUUCCACCUGCUUUCCGGCUCAUUCCCGGUUCCUUGGUUGAAUCCCAAAUUCAAAGGUCUGGAGUGCUUCCACUAAGAUUAUGUCCUGUUGAUGCUUUUAAUAGGAGGGCAGGGCGAGGGCUUAUCAGAUUAAUCAACCUAUUCCCCACCUCCACCCUGUUGAGAAGACAUUUCUGUGCAAAAUUACCCCGUCUAAUCCAACUCGUUUUAAACAUACAUACCGUGUUAUCUGGACCUGCUUCCUAAACAGACAAGCAAAACUACCAAGUUUAGUUCCCUUAAUAAAGAACUUCCUUACAAAGUCAAUUUAAUAGCUUUAGAUCAGGGCUCUUCAAACUUGGCCCUUUGAUGACUUGUGGACUUCAACUCCCAGAAGUCCACAAGUCAUCAAAGGGCCAAGUUUGAAAACCCCCUUCUUUAGCUUUUUAAAAUUGCAAACCACCCAUUCAAAAUCCCACGACAACUACAAGAAGCAGAGUUACAAGGCAGCUCAGGAGAGCAAAUCAGGUGGAGAGAAGUUGCAGUUAGUCCUGAGUUUAUGACACUCUCUGUCACAGGGCACAGUUCUGUUUUCCGACAGGAUAAAGGGAAAUCUGUAAGGAAUGGAACCGGGUGCAUUUCACUCUCCCCCUAGCCCUGAAUACCAAUUGCGGGAAAGCAGUGAUGGGAAUAACAAUGUGCUUCCUCCUGUUCCAUGUACGGUUUGAUUGUUGCACACUGCUAAGGCUUCAGGUACAUUGAGCACAAUUUAAUCUGAUGGCUUUAUUUAUUUUAAACAUUUGUAGAGCUGCCCAUCUUACAAGCAACUCUAGGUGGCCUCCCCCAAUCAACUGGACUUGGUUACAAGUAAAUCAGCAGAGCCCGCUAAACGCCAACCAAGGCUAAGCCAGCAAGUGGUGUAGAUUCCUCCUCCUCCUCCUCCUCCAUAUUUCAUCCCCAUCAAGGCUCAUAAUGGUAGCCCUUUCCCAUAAAUUGGAGAGGGCGAGGAAGAGAAUCAGUGCCCCCCAGAAGAAGUUGAGAUGGACUAUUUCUUACUAGUCUCUGUGUUGGUAGAUUUGGCUGUUUCAAGUCAAUGGUAAGGCACCAUAAUAAGAUGGCUUUUUGGGGGGCUGGGGUAGGUUUUUUUUUUCCUUUUUUCAAGCAGAGUGAGAAAGAUAUAGCUGAGGAGAUUCUUUCUUCCCCGUUUCUUUGAUUCCUGAAUCUCAUAGGCCCCAGUGAUUGGUAAUGUCCCACUGUCAGCCACGUGAUGAGUUUGUGCAGCUCAAGACACUGGUUUCCAGCUUGGCUGUAGUCUGCAGCAGAUACACAACAGGAGGCACCGUUGUGUUGCCCAACCGAGGUUCAGCCAGAAGAUCAAUUUGAUGCCCGUCUUUGCAAGUUGCACGGAAAAAUUCCUCCUUGUAGAAGGGCUCAAAGGAAGCCCCCCCUCUGCUCUUGGGACCAUCACCCCCCCCCCCAAAUGCAUCAGUGGCUUUAAAAACUUAGCAAAGGUUCUUCAGCUAAAAGGACAGCACCAGCCAGCAAAUUUCUCUGUAGGUAGUCCUCAAUUUAUAAACGUUCAUUUAGGGACUGUUUGAAGUUACAACAGCACUGAAAAAAAGUAAUUUAUGGUCAUUUUUGACCCUCAGGAUGCCGCUGCCAGUGGUUGCAGCAUCCCCGUGGUCACACGAUCAAAAUUCGAAUGCUCGGCCACAGGUUCAUACUUUACGACGGUCGCAGCGUCCCUGGGGUCACGUGAUUUCCUUUUGUGACCUUCUGGCAAGCAAAGUCAACGGGGGGGGAGCCAAAUUCACGUAACAACCGUGUUGUUAAUGACUGAAGUGAUUCACUUCGCAAGUGUAGUAAGAAAGGUUGUAAAAUGGGGCAAAAUUAACCACCUUACUUAGCCACAGAUAUUUUGGGCUCCAUUGUGGUCGUAAGUCAAGGACUAUCUGUAUCGGGCAAACUUUUUGGAGCUUCCCUUUACCUACUUCUACACCGUCACAUUUUAUUAUUAUUAUUAUUGCACUCAUUUCUCUCUGCAAUUUUUUUUAAAAAAAGAUGUUUUCUCAAUAGAGGGAAAGGGAUAAAAUUCUUUGCAUCGCCAGAUUAAUUUCUGCACUGAAUUAUUGGGAUAUGGGGGAAAAAAAAUGAAGCCCUGCUUGGCUAUGUUCCAGGAUCCCUGCCACGAUUUGGCCACGAUGGGCCACUUUCGUUCCGCUCUCCGUGUCUAGCCACCUUUUAUAGGGUUUCAGUUUUUCCCAAAGCUUUGUGCGAAAUAUUCUUAAGUUGUUCACAGCUGUUUUUGUCACGACUGAUUGGUUAGUUGGUACUUUGGCUCACACUACGGUUCCCUUCCUUUUGCACAAGUCCCUGCAUUUUUGCACAGUGUAUGCGUGCGCGCGUGUGUCUGUGUGUUGGGCCUCUGUGUGCAUGUUUGUAUGAAUCCAGUUUGCGCUCUGGUUUCUCAGGUCUGUCUUUGCAUCCUUCACAAGACGCUAGACCACAGUGAUCUUAGCUGAGCAAAAAGGGGGAAUCAAAGGGUUGGAGGUGUCUCGUUUUUUUCCUCUCCUGCUCUUGGCUGUGUGAAAUAUUGUGGUGAACUUGCCACGGAUUAAGCCACAAAGAUGCCCAUAAGCUACUAUGGUUUCUAAUGUGUGUGUGUGUGUAUUUUUAUAUGUACAUUUUCCUCUUCCGUAAUUUCGGCUGAAGUUUAGAUUGGGUUGGGCACGUUCUGUGUCUGCAUGCCAAAAUGGAGUACUAUCCCCAGUGGAAAGAACGAAGGUCAAAAGUAGACAAGGGAUGAGUUCAUUUCUCAGUUGUGUGUCUGUUGACUCCACUGCUCUUCUGUAUUGAAGUCAGUUGCAGUGGUGACAUUUCCCCAUCUCAGAACAAGAAAAUAAACUGGAUUUUCAAGA